AUGGACAUAGUUUCAUUAUGGGGCUGUUUGAUUGCUUGUAAUGGAAAUGCACAAUGCAAGGACGACGGCAGAUGCAAGGACGCCCAUAUCACCGGUGAUGUCGUCGCUCCGACUAAGGAUGACCCAAAAUUCCGGACAUUGAAUGCAAAAAAUCAUAUGGUCAUGUCGUGGUUAAUAAAUUUUAUGACCAACGACAUCGGCAAAAAUUUUCUUCUCUACGACACGGCCAAGAGUAUUUGGGAUGCUGCUCGAGAGACAUACUAUCACUCAUAUUACACAUCCAAGUUCUUCGAGAUCGAGUCAAUCAUACACGAUCUUCUUCAAGGUGAUCAAUCUUUGACUCAGUCAUGCACUCCGGACUCCAACUUAUACCGUCAGAUCAUCGAGCAAAAAAUGAUAUUCAAAUUUCUUCUCGGUCUCAACAACUCUCCCGAUCAUGUCUGCUCUCGUGUAUUAAGCAUCAAACCACUACCGAGCAUUCGUGAGGCCUUCUCCGAGGUUCGCCGCGAAGAAAGCCGCCAGAAAGUCAUGCUUGGGCCUAUCUCCACCUCGCACAAUCUCUCUGUUGACGCCUCUGCCCUUGUAGCUCGAGUUCCUCCACCUCGACACAGCGACAACCCAUCACGCAAAGGUCAUCCCAUGCCAGCCGAUUGGAAGCCUCGGUCUGAUCGCACUCCCCGUGCCAAUAGCGUCGUUGCUGCCGAUGACCUUCUCGCACUAGCGCCCAGUCCAUUCAGUAAGAAACAACUAGAUUUGUUGCACAAACUGAUCGGCAAACCACCUGAUCUGGCUGUUCCCAACCCCAUCAUCGGCAUGCUCGCACAUCAAGAGACUACUCCACCAUCCGCUUUGCCGAUGGCUCUGUCUCUAAAUUCACCGGCUUUGGCUCCACUUUGGCUCCGUGCAACCGGCUUUGGCUCCGUGCACAUCACCCAAAACAUUCUACUCUGA